AUGAUCCGGUCUGCCGUAUUGUUUCUUGGAUGCUUUCUAAUCAUAUUUGGGAUUGUGGAUUGUUUAUCAUCGGUGGAAUACAAGAGCUAUGUGAGAGCGAAUGGAGCGGCACGAUACGUGUACCUCACAAAUAUAUGUGCAUACGUAUCGAUAGUGUGCUUUACGUUCGGACUGAUCCUCAGAAUCGGCAAAGUAAUAACAGCCAAAAGAUAUUUUUUUGCCAGACUCACGACACUUAGGAAGCAACUCGUGCUCCGAAGGUGCUACGUUUCGGUGCUGCCCUUCAUGCUAACGGUAAACUCGACGGUCAUGUCUGGAUAUUGGUAUCUCUUCUUCACCGAUCAGGACUCUAUCGUAACAAGGGAACCGGGUACGGAUCACAAACCGAACACAUUCAUAAAUUUGUGCAAGCACUUUGUCCCGUGGAUCGUUACACUAAUUGAGGCACUCUUCGUGCGUGCCCGGUACACGGUUCGUACUUUUGCAGCUGUGGUUGUCUUCGCAGUGCUUUACUACACGCUGAUCCGUACCUACCACGCGCACAGCGGGAAGUGGCCAUAUAAAUUUUUUAACGGCCAGUCGUACACAAAAGUUCUGGUGCUGGUUUGUGUCUUUGCUCUUGCUGGUCUUGUUAUUGCCUAUACCAUCCUGAAGGUGCACGAGUUUGUGCGUAGGAACUAUUUAGACAGGCAAAAGAGCAACAAACCUGGUUAG